ACAAUAUUACAAUAUAUAAUUACGAAAUACUAGAAAUGAUGUUAUUGAUAAAACAUAGAAUUUAUCUAUAGCAACGUAAAUUUAAAAGAAAGGAAAAUUGCUUUUAGAUUGUUUUGUCAAUAUAGUUGACGCGGUGGGAAAAAAUUGUAAAGUAUGGAAGAUCCUAAUAUGGUAUUAAAAUUGGCCGAACUUUUGAAUGUUAAAACAUAUCAUGAUUAUUCGGACUCUGAAGAAGAACAUCUUGAAGAGGAGGAAGGAACUGGUGACAAAUCUUCGCAUGUUGGAACGAAAUCAAAAACAAAAAACAAGAUCGAAUUAAAUAAAGAGCAGAAGGAGAGAGAAAAUAAAUACAGAAAGAUUGAAACAAAGGUCACUCCUGAGGACUUUGAAUUUCUAAACGAAAAUACUGUAAACGACGAUUGGAAAAAAACUCCACAAUGGGAUAUAAGUUACAGGCAAAGUGUUACACCAUCGGAUGUGUUUUUACAGAUGGGUGGAAAAACUCCAUCUACCAUCAGCUGCGAAGACAUGAUAAUUAGUGUUUAUUUACCCGAAGAAAAGUAUCAUAACAUUGAUUUAAAAGUUGAAAAGGAAAUCUUAAAUUUAACUUCACCCCGCUUCAAGCUUAGCAUCCCACUUCCUCAUCCGGUAGAUCCUCAAUUGGGAGAUGCUAAGUGGGAUAACGACACUGAAAAGCUUAUAAUUACCCUGAAGAUGGAUCGUGAAUUUGACUUUAUCCAUUUUUAAAUUGCUUUGAUUUAUUUUAAUUAUUUAUUAUUAUACCAAUAGUUAAUCUUAUUCUUACUCUUAUCUACACACAUAUGUAUGCUUUAAAUAAUAUAUGUAUUUACUUGA